AUGGCCUGCCUCCAUGAUACCCGGACCCCCUCCCCGUCCUUCGCCAGCUUCAACACCAUCCUGACGGAGAGCUCUCUCCGUAAGCUGGACCCCGACGCCUCGGACUGCACCCCCGAGAAGGACCUGACGCCCACGCAGUGCGUGCUGCGGGACGUGGUGCCCAUCGACGGGGGCGGCCACAGCCCCACGCCCAGCGAGGAGACGCGCGACCAGUUCGCCAACAGCGUCCUGCAGCUGCACGAGAAUGAGGCCGGCGGUGGGGGCGGGGGAGCCGGGGCAGGGGCCGGGAACCCCGAGGUGCGGCACACUCGUUACCACGCCGACCAGGUCCGGCUUCACUGCCAGACGGGCAGCGGCUUCCUGGAAGGGCUCUUCGGCUGCCUCAGGCCCGUCUGGACCAUGAUCGGCAAAGCCUACUCCACCGAGCACAAGCACCAGCAGGAAGACACGUGGGAGGUGCCAUUCGAGGAGAUCCUGGACCUCCAGUGGGUAGGCAGCGGGGCGCAGGGCGCUGUCUUCCUGGGGCGUUUUCACGGCGAGGAGGUGGCGGUGAAGAAGGUGCGAGACCUCAAGGAGACGGACAUCAAACACCUGCGCAAGCUCAAACACCCCAACAUCAUCACCUUCAAGGGUGUCUGCACCCAGGCUCCUUGCUACUGCAUCAUCAUGGAGUUCUGCGCCCAGGGGCAGCUGUAUGAGGUGCUGCGAGCCGGGCGCAAGGUCACCCCCUCCCUGCUGGUCGACUGGUCCAUGGGCAUCGCAGGCGGCAUGAACUACCUGCACCUGCACAAGAUCAUCCACCGUGACCUCAAGUCGCCCAACAUGCUGAUCACCUACGAUGAUGUGGUGAAGAUCUCGGACUUCGGCACCUCCAAGGAGCUGAGUGACAAGAGCACCAAGAUGUCCUUCGCCGGCACCGUGGCCUGGAUGGCCCCCGAGGUCAUUCGCAACGAGCCCGUCUCUGAGAAGGUCGACAUCUGGUCCUUUGGGGUGGUGCUGUGGGAGCUGCUGACGGGCGAGAUCCCCUACAAGGACGUGGACUCCUCGGCUAUCAUCUGGGGUGUGGGCAGCAACAGCCUGCACCUGCCCGUGCCCUCUGGCUGCCCCGACGGCUUCAAGAUCCUACUGCGCCAGUGCUGGAACAGCAAACCCCGCAACCGGCCGUCCUUCCGCCAGAUCCUGCUGCACCUGGACAUCGCCUCGGCGGACGUGCUCUCCACGCCCCAGGAGACCUACUUCAAAUCCCAGGCCGAGUGGCGCGAGGAGGUGAAGCUGCACUUUGAGAAGAUCAAGUCGGAGGGGACGUGUCUGCACCGGCUGGAGGAGGAGCUGAUCAACCGGCGCCGUGAUGAGCUCCGGCACGCGCUGGACAUCCGGGAGCACUACGAGCGCAAGCUGGAGCGGGCCAACAACCUGUACAUGGAGCUCAACUCCCUCAUGCUGCAGCUGGAGCUGAAGGAGAAGGAGCUGCUCAGGCGGGAGCAGGCGCUGGAGAAGAAGUACCCGGGGCUGUUCAAGCCGCAUGCAUCGCGCAGUCUCCUGCACGGCAACACGGUGGAGAAGCUCAUCAAGAAGAGGAACGUGCCCCAGAAGCUGUCGCCACACAGCAAGCGGCCGGACAUCCUGAAGACGGAGGUGAUCCUGCCCAAACUGGACUCGGCCAUUGCCCAGGUGUCGAUACCCGCGUGCCAGAAGGGACCCACCUCCCCGGGCCGGAGCCGGCGGGCCAAGGCGCGCUACCGCAAAGCCAGCGCCAAGGGCAGCUGCGGGGAGCUGGCAGGGCCCCGGGCCCCAGAGCCAGUGGAUGUGGGGCAGCAGCUGGAGACCUGUGCCGCCCUGCGGGGGCUGCAGCACGACCUGUUGCGCCGGAUGUCCUCGUCCAGCCCUGACCUCAUCAACACCACCCUGGAGGCCGGGGCCAAGAAAGAGGGGGCCCCUGCCGGGCCCGAGUCGCCCCCGGCCGAGCAGCCCCGCAGCGAGACCCCCAGUGAGGACACGGCCUCCGUGCCCUUCUCCAGCAGCCCCGACUCGCCCUCCUCCAAGCAGGGGGCCGUGGGGCCAGCGGACAAGAGCCACCGGCUGUUGGGCCUAGCCCAGAGGCUGCAGCCAGGCGAGGAGCCCGACAAGGAGGCAGGCGUGGCGGGCAAGGCGGCCAAGGCCUGUGGGGUGCCGCAGCAGCAUCUGACACCCGCAGCGCUGCUGUACCGAGCGGCCGUGACCCGGAGCCAGAAGCGAGGGGUCUCGUCCGAGGAGGAGGAGGGAGAAGUGGACAGCGAGGUGGAGCUGCCACUGAGGCAGAGGUGGCCCCAGGGGCUGAGCAAGCGCCAGUCGCUCUCCACCUUCAGCUCAGAGAACUUCUCGGACGGGGACGGCGAGGAGGGGAACACGAGCGACGCGUCGCCCAGCGGCACGCCCGACGUGGCCAGCACCAACACAGGCGAGCGCUCCGACGACAUGCUCUCGCAGAGCUCCGAGAUCCCGCUCGACGCCCUGGCCCACUCCGAUGGCCUGUCCGAGAAGGAGGCCGCUGUCCAGCACGUCAAGAGUCAGCUCAGUGCUGAGCAGAACCCCGCUGAGACCCCCUCCGCGUAUGAGGACUCGGACUGUGACAGCGCCGAACUGGACCACUCGGGCAGCGGAGACACGCACAGACUGCCAGCCGCCCCCAGCUCGUGA